CUUCGUCUUCUCCCUCUUCGCACUCAGCCGCUUCAAGAGCAGCUCUUCCGUCUUAUCUUCGUCAACGCGGAGCUCAACAUUAUGUCGCGCUCUUACGACCGUGCUCUUACGGUCUUCUCACCUGAUGGACACCUGUUCCAGGUCGAGUAUGCUCUCGAGGCAGUGCGCCGCGGAACUGCUGCUGUUGGUGUGCGAGGCAAGUCGUGUGUCGUGCUCGGCGUCGAGAAGAAAUCGACGCUGCAGCUUCAGGACCCCAGGACGGUGCGCAAGGUCGCCAUGCUCGAUGACCACAUCUGCAUUGCCUUUGCUGGCCUCACUGCCGACGGUCGUAUCCUUAUCGACAAGGCGCGCGUCGAGUGCCAGUCCCACCGCCUGACGGUUGAGGACCCUGUCACCGUUGAGUACAUCACCAAGCACGUCGCCGGAAUCCAGCAGCGGUAUACUCAGUCCGGUGGUGUGAGGCCAUUCGGGAUUUCGACGCUCAUCGUCGGCUUCGACCCCAACGACACCAAGCCCCAUCUCUUCAUGACUGAGCCCAGCGGUAUCUACUCAGCGUGGAAGGCUUGCGCCAUAGGACGUGCAUCCAAGACGGUGCGUGAGUUCCUCGAGAAGAACUACACCGAGAAUCUGGAGCGCGCGGACACCAUCAAGCUUGCCGUUAAGUCUUUGCUUGAGGUCGUGCAGACGGGCGCCAAGAACAUCGAGAUCUCGGUUAUGGAGCGCUACGGCGUUGUGCGGAGCCUGGAGCAGUCAGAGAUCGAGGCCAUCGUCGCUGGCAUCGAGGCCGAGAAGGAGGCUGAGGCGGAGCGCAAGCGUGCACGUCUCGCGGCAACUCAGGCGGGCCAGGCAUCCAUGUUUGCGAGCGCCUUCUCGGGUGCCGCGACCGGUACGAGCACGCCUGGUGGCCCAGGAGGGGCGGGCGGAGCGACCGCUCCAGGCGAGGAAAGCGGCGUGCAGUAGACGUAGGGUGAGCAGGUGCCACCGAGCGGGGCGAUAGACUUAAGAUGUGACCAUUAGCAGAAUAUGCUCAGUGUCAGGCCACUUGCGACGCGAGUCCGGAUGACGCCCGUGAUGUCAUUAGCUGUCGAGACCGAGGCCGAAAGCGACGGCGUAGUUCCGGACGUGUGGCCGAGCGCUCGUUAUAGUGGUAUGAUGGUGACGUCGUCAAUCUCACGUAGUCUG